AUGGACGUCCUGCUCCAGCUUCUUGUCCUCGCCGCCUCCGUCCCACUGGGCUUGGCCUCAUGGGGUGUCUCCAGUCCCCCGACAGUACAGGGCGUGAAGGGAUCCUGCCUGGUCAUCCCCUGCACCUUCAACUUCCCUGACAGCAUGCCGUUGCAUCACGGCAUCACCGCCAUCUGGUACUUCAACUACCCGGGCAAGCGGGAGGUGGUGAGCCACUCGGAUGACCCCCAGCUGGUGGAGUCACGCUUCCGCGGCCGGGCCCAGCUGCUCGGGGAAGUAGAGCGGAGAGUGUGCAACCUGCUGCUGCAGGACCUGCAGCCCGAGGACUCGGGCUCCUACCACUUCCGCUUCGAGAUCCAUGAGGGUGAUCGCUGGGUAGACAUGAAAGGCACCGCGGUCACGGUGACAGAACUGCCCAGAGCACCCACUAUCACUUCACCAGCCAAGCUUCUCGAGGGCGUGGAGGUGGACUUCAACUGCUCCACUCCCUACGUGUGCUUGAAGGACCCAGUCCACCUGAAGUGGCAAGGCCAGGACCCUGCUCACUCCACCACUUCCACCAUCCAGAAGCUCGAGCCCACGGGCGUCACUUACGUGGACACACUCCACCUAGCCCUGUCCUGGCAGGACCACGGCCGGACCUUGAGCUGCCAGCUCUCGGUGGCUGAGCACAGCACUCAGGGCGAGAUCCACCUGCAAGUGCAGUAUGCUCCCAAGGGUGUCAAGAUCCUCCUCAGCCCCUCUGGGCGAAACAUUCUUCCAGGUGAUCUUGUUACACUCACCUGCCAGGUGAACAGCAGCAACCCUGAGGUCAAUUCUGUGCAGUGGGUCAAGGAUGGGGAGAACCUCAAAGCCCAGGGUCGUGUGCUGCAGUUGUCUCAGGCAACCUGGGGUGACUCCGGCGUCUAUACUUGCCGAGCUGGGAACAGCGUGGGCUUCUCAGUGUCGGCCCCCGUCAGUCUCCACGUCUUCAUGGCGGAGAUUCAGGUGAGUCCAGCUGGCACCAUCCUGGAGAAACAGACCGUGACACUGACCUGCAACACGCCCAGAGAGGCGUCCAGCGAGCUGCGCUUCAGCUGGUACAAGAACCAGGCCCUGCUGCAGGCUGCCCACAGCCCCACCUUCCAGCUGCACUCGGCCACCUCCGGAGACACCGGCUUCUACUUCUGCGAAGUAGCGAACGCCCAUGGCAGAGAGCGCUCCCUCCCGGUCAGCGUGGUGAUCAGCCACCCGCCCUUCACCCCAGACCUAACCGCCUUCCUGGAGACACAGAAUGGGCUGGUUGGCAUCUUCCACUGCUCUGUGGUCAGCGAGCCCCUGGCCACCCUGUUCCUGUUACAUGGGGGCCUUGUCUUGGCCUCCACCUCCGGGAAGGGAGACGGGAGCCCCCGCUUCAUUGUCUCCUCUGCCCGCAACUCCCUGCACCUGGAGAUCCGAGACCUGCAGCCAGCGGACAGGGGGGAGUACACAUGCUUGGCCUCCAACUCCCUUGGGAAUGCAUCCUCCACCGUGGACUUCCGUGCCAGUACUGCUCGCCUCCUCAUCAGCCCGGCAGCAGAGGUUGUGGAAGGGCAGGCGGUGACCCUGAGCUGCCAGACCAGCCUGAGCACCUCUCCUGACACCCGCAUCUCCUGGUACCGGAAUGGAGCGCUCCUCCUCGAGGGGUCCAGCAGCCUGCAGCUCCCCGCGGCCUCCAGUGCGGACGCUGGCUCAUACCACUGCCGGGGCCAGGAUGCCUACAACACCAGUGACCCCUCCUUGCCGAUUGUCCUCACCGUGCUCUAUGCCCCACGCCGCCCCACCUUCACAGCUCACCUGGACACUGAUGCUCCAGAAGAUGGGGCUGGGCGGCAGGGCCUCCUCUUGUGCCGUGUGGACAGCGAUCCCCCAGCCCAGCUGUGGCUGCGUCACAGGGACCAAGUGGUGGCCUCCUCCCUGCCUCCAAGGGUUGGCUGCAGCACCUGUAGAGGCUACUCCCCGCGCACAAAGGUCACCAGAGCUCCCAACUUGCUGCGUGUGGAGAUUCAAGACCCUGUGCUGGAGGACGAGGGUGUGUAUCUGUGUGAGGCCAGUAAUGCCCUAGGCAAAUCUUCGGCCUCAGCAACCUUCAAUGCCCAGGCCACUGUCCUGGUCAUCACGCCGUCAAACACGCCGCAAGAGGGAACAGGCGCCAACCUGACUUGCAGCGUGAGCCAGGGCGCCGGCAGUGGUCCUGCCAACUUCUCCUGGUUCCGGAAUGGGGCGCUGUGGGCCCAGGGCCCCCUGGAGACUGUGACGCUGCUGCCCGUGGCCAGAACGGACGCUGCCCUCUACGCCUGCCGCAUCCUCACUGACGCUGACACCCUGCUCUCUGCUCCCGUGGUCCUGAGUGUGCUCUAUCCUCCAGACCCACCAAAGCUGGCAGCCCUCCUGGAUGUGGGCCAGGGUCACGUGGCUCUGUUUGUCUGCACUGUGGACAGUCGUCCGCUGGCCCAGCUGACCCUAUUCCAUGGGGAGCGCCUCCUGGCCACCAGCCUGGGCCCUCAGCUUCCAUCACAUGGUCGUCUCCAGGCCAAAGCCACGGCCAACUCCCUGCAGCUAGAAGUCCGAGACCUGGGCCUUGAGGAUUCUGGCAGUUACCGAUGUGAUGCUACCAAUGCCCUGGGGUCAGCCAAUACCUCUGUCUACUUCCAGGUCCGAGGGGCCUGGGUGCAAGUGUCACCAUCACCUGAGCUUCAAGAGGGCCAGGCUGUGGUCCUGAGCUGCCAGCUACCCAAAGGGGAGCCAGAGGGGACCUCGUACCUUUGGUAUCGGGAUGGCCAGCCCCUGCAGGAGGCAACCUUGGCCACGCUCCGCUUCGCAGCCAUAACUCUGAGCCAAGCGGGGGCCUAUCAUUGCCAAGCCCAGGCCCCAGGCUCAGGCACCACGAGCCUGGCUGCCCCUGUCAGCCUCCAUGUGACCUAUGCCCCACGCCAGGCCACACUUACCGCCCUGAUGGACACAGGCCCUGGGCGACUGGGUCUCCUCCUGUGCCGGGUGAACAGCGACCCUCCCGCUCAGCUGCGACUGCUCCACGGGACCCGCCUCGUGGCCUCCACGCUGCAGGGCGCCGGGGAGCCUGCAGGCGACUCUCCCCGGCUGCACGUGGCGGUGGCGCCCAAUGCGCUGCGCCUGGAGAUCCACAAUGCGACCAUGGAAGAUGAGGGUGUCUACACCUGUGAGGCCGCCAGCCACCUGGGCCAGACCUCGGCCUCGGCCAGCCUCGAUGCUCAGGCUGUGAGCCUGCAGGUGUGGCCCAAGGCCACGGUGCAGGAGGGACAGCUGGUGAACCUGACCUGUCUCGUCUGGACCAGCCGCCCGGCCCAGCUCACCUACGUAUGGUACCAGGAUGGGCAGCAGCGCCCAGGGGCCCACUCCAUCUCCCUGCCCAAAGUCAGGGUGGUGGAUGCUGCCUCCUACCGCUGUGGCGUGGUGCCCCAGGGCCAGGCCCCCCGCCUCUCCACGCCUGUCACCCUGGAAGUCCUCUUCGCGCCCCGGAACCUGCGUCUGACCUACCUCCUGGAGAGCCGUGGUGGGCAGCUGGCCCUGGUGCUGUGCACUGUGGACAGCCACCCACCUGCCCAGCUGACCCUCAGCCAUGCUGGCCGCCUCCGGGCCUCCUCCACAGCAGCCUCCGCCCCCAACACUCUGCGCCUGGAGCUGAGGGAGCCUCAGCCCAGCGACGAAGGUCUCUAUAGCUGCUCUGCCCUCAGUCCCCUGGGCCAGGUCAACACGUCUCUGGAGCUGCGACUGGAGAGUGUGCAAGUGACCUUGGUUCCCUCAGCCACCGUGCCCGAGGGGGUGCCUGUCACAGUGACCUGUGAGGACCCUGCCGCCCGCCCGCCCGCCCUCUAUGCCUGGUACCACAACAGCCGUUGGUUACAGGAGGGACCCUCUGCUUCCCUCUCGUUCCCGAAGGCUUCACGGGCUCACGCCGGGGCCUACUCCUGUGAGGUCCGGGAUGCCCAGGGCGCACGCAGCUCUCGGCCGGCAGCCCUGCAAGUCCUCUAUCCUCCUCAGAACGCUGCUCUGUCCUCCUUCCGGGACUCGAGGGCCAGCCCCACAGCCGUGGUGCAGUGCACUGUGGACAGUGAGCCGCCUGCCGAGCUGGCCCUGUCCCGCAACGGCAAGGUGCUGGCCACGAGCACCUUGCCUCACGAGCACCGUGAGGUCCACGACUUGGCUUCAGGGACAGGCCGUGUCCAGGUCGCCCGCAACGUCCUGCGACUACGCGUGCAAGACGUGCCCGCGGGCGACCAGGACAUCUACGUCUGCACGGCCCACAACCUGCUGGGCUCCGUCAGCACGACCGGGCAGCUGCAGGCGGAAGGUGUUCGCGUGGUGGCGGAACCCGGGCUAGACGUCCCUGAGGGCGCAGCCCUCAACCUGAGCUGUCGCCUCCCCACUGGCCCCCCGCCGCUGGGCAACGCGACUUUCGCUUGGUUCUGGAAUGGCCGGCAGCUGCAUGCAGACUCUGUGCCCACCCUGGCCUUCUCCCACGUGUCCCGGGCCCACGCGGGGGUGUACCACUGCGGGGCUGAGCUCUCCGCGGGGGUGACCACGUCCACGCCAGUCACGCUCCGUGUGCUCUACCCUCCCAAGACGCCCACCAUGACCGUCUUUGUGGAGCCUGAGGGUGGGAUCUGGGGCAUCCUGGACUGCCGAGUGGACAGCGAGCCCUCAGCCAGCCUGACCAUCCACCUGGGCGAUCGGAUGGUGGCCUCCAGCCAGCCUCGGGGCACCCCUCCUGAGCCCCACAUUCACGUCUCAGCCACCCCCAAUGCCGUGAGGGUGGACAUCAAGCUGAGGUCCAGUGACCAGGGCGAGUACGUGUGUUCAGCCUCCAAUGCCUUGGGCUCUGCCUCUGCUUCCACCUACUUGGGAACCAGAGCCCUGCAUCAUCUGCACCUGUUCCAGCAGCUGCUCUGGGUCCUGGGGCUGCUAGUGGGCCUUCUGCUCCUGGUUUUGGGCCUGGGGGCCUAUUACAUCUGGAGUAGGAGGCGCUUUUAUAAGCUGAGUGUGGAUGAGGAUUCGGUGGAGAUGACUUCGCAGAAGGAGAGCACACAGGGAGACGAAAUCUUCAAUGACAUAGGCCCCAUGAAUGAGGAGGUGUUGCCUCUGUGAAAACAAUUGUGUGACAUCAGACUUUCCAUGACCUGUCUCCAAUCCUCUUGCCCCCAAGAAAAAUGGGUAGUAAGGAAGAAGAGAAGCCCAGCCCUCUGAGGAGGCAGACCAGAGGGUCUCGAAGAGAAAUGAGUUGACGGUGCUCUUAGCUUCCCUUUCUCUUUUCUCUGGAUCUCAUCUCUCCAUUUGUCUUCCCAUGCUCACCUCUUCCUACCUUUUACCCCAAGCCCGCUCUGGACUUUUUGGAUGUAUUCAAAUAGAAG